AUGCCACCAGUAUCCUCAACCAUUGCCAUCCAGUAUGUGGUCACUGGAGUAGGGUUGGGCGUUGCUAUUGGCACUGCCUUAACCUACAUUUCCACUCACACACUCAAUGCUAUUUGCGUAUACACUCUAGUCUACGCUGGCUUCUUCCUCGGUGAGUUCCUCACUAUCGCUACCUAUCAAUCGACUCGGGUAACCCCCAGAUCAUUUUUGAUAUGGGGUAAUGACGGUAGCUUCACCCUGUGGUUCGCUCGAAGUGUCGGCUGGCUUGAACACUGGUAUUUCCAGCCUCAAUGGAAUUCUGUUAGAGUCGUGCUAGGAGUAACGAUUGCUUUAUUUGGACUUGGGUGGCGCUGGUCAGCUAUGGCUCAAUGUGGUGACCUGUUCAAUCAUACUGUGGAGCGGGUGAAACGCCAAGGCCACCUGCUACACACCAGUGGGUUGUAUCUGGUGAUGCGACACCCACUGUACUUUGGUGUAUUAUUACUAGAUGUGGGGACCCAGUUGAUCCUCGGUAAUCGCUUGAUGAUGGUGGUGGGGUUGGCGGGGACAACACUUUUUUUUGCGCUAAGAGUCAAACGUGAAGAAAAGGCGCUUGUGGAGAUGUAUGGCCAACAAUAUCAACAAUACCGAUCACGUGUGCCCCUGGGUUUACCGCUUCCUGAAGGUUUACUACAAGCAAUCCCCACCACUGGUCUCGACACCAUGUUGUGA